GCCGUGUGUUGAACACGUCUUUUUUCGGUGGAUUUGUGGAAGUUCUUAUAAAUUACAGGAAUUUCUUAAUAAAUAUCCUUUAAACGACCUUAAUAUUGUGAAUAUUAACAAGGAAAUAUGACUCUAAAAUUAACAGCUAAUGUUAAUAAUCCACCAAUCAGUGGUUUAGCUACAGCGCAUUUAAUUAAUGACACCGUACCCGUGGAAAUUGUUUGGGGCAGUGAAACUGCAUUGUUGUAUCCAGAUGGCAGACGUCUGUCCUGUUAUUCCAACAACGAUGUUUUGCGUGCUUUAGCUAGAGCAGCACCAGCUUAUAAAUUGUAUGGAGAAACUGCUAUUGAACGCACACAAAUCGAUCAUUGGUUGUCUUUUUCACUAACCUGUGAUGAAGACAUCUCCUGGGCCAUGACUUUCCUGGAUAAAUCCAUAGCUCCGGUUACAUAUUUGGUAGCCAACAAAUUGACCAUAGCCGAUUUUGCUUUAUACAAUGAAAUGCAUUCACGCUAUGAGGUUUUGUCUGCCAAGGGUAUACCCCAGCAUGUGCAGAGAUGGUAUGAUUUGAUAAGUGCCCAGCCACUUAUACAAAAGGUAUUACAAUCCCUGCCCGAUGAAGCCAAACUCUCUGCCAAACAAGUUAAUCGUUCGAAGAACUCUAAGGAAUCCUCUCCAGCUGUCACCUCUAAGCCUGGCGAACGUAAACAAGAGGGUAAAUUCGUUGAUUUACCCGGUGCCGAGAUGGGCAAAGUUGUUGUACGUUUCCCCCCAGAGGCUUCAGGUUAUUUGCAUAUUGGUCAUGCCAAGGCUGCUCUUUUGAAUCAAUACUAUGCCCAGGCUUUUGAUGGCACUCUAAUUAUGCGUUUCGAUGACACAAAUCCCGCUAAAGAAACUGUGGAAUUUGAAAAUGUUAUUUUGGGCGAUUUGGAGCUGUUAAACAUUAAACCCGAUGUAUUCACCCACACCUCCAACUAUUUUGAUUUAAUGUUAUCGUACUGUGAACAGUUGAUAAAUGAUGGUAAAGCUUAUGUUGAUGACACACCACCAGAACAAAUGAAAGCUGAACGUGAACAGAGAACGGAAUCUAACAAUCGUUCAAAUGAUGUGGCUAAGAACAUGUCAAUGUGGAAGGAGAUGUUAAAUGGCAGUGAAUUUGGACAAAAAUGUUGUGUACGUGCCAAAAUCGAUAUGUCAUCGCCAAACGGUUGUAUGCGUGAUCCCACCAUCUACAGAUGCAAAAAUGAACCUCAUCCUAGAACGGGUACCAAAUACAAAGUCUAUCCCACAUACGAUUUUGCCUGUCCCAUCGUGGAUGCCAUUGAAAACGUAACCCACACCUUGCGUACCAUGGAAUAUCACGAUCGUGACGAUCAAUUUUAUUGGUUCAUUGAUGCUUUGAAACUACGCAAACCCUAUAUUUGGGAAUACAGUAGAUUGAACAUGACAAAUACCGUGUUAUCGAAACGUAAAUUGACCUGGUUUGUGGAUUCCGGUUUAGUAGAUGGUUGGGAUGAUCCCCGUUUCCCCACAGUGCGUGGUAUUUUAAGACGUGGCAUGACUGUUGAAGGUUUGAAGGAAUUCAUUAUUGCUCAGGGUUCCAGUAAGUCUGUAGUCUUUAUGAAUUGGGAUAAGAUUUGGGCUUUCAACAAGAAGGUCAUUGAUCCCGUUGCACCACGUUAUACAGCCCUCGAAUAUGAAAAUCGUGUUGUUGUGAAUGUAGCCGGUGCUAAGAAAGAGAAAAUUGAAGUUCCUGUUCAUCCCAAGAAUGAGUCUUUGGGCAAGAAGACAGUUUCGUUGGGACCCAAAAUCUACAUUGAUUAUGUCGAUGCUGAGGCUUUGAAGCAGGGUGAAAAUGCCACCUUUAUCAAUUGGGGUAACCUUAUGAUCAAUAAGAUCAACAAAGACUCAACGGGUAAAAUUGUCAGCGUUGAUGCUGCUUUGAAUUUGGAUAACAAGGACUUUAAGAAGACUAUUAAACUCACUUGGUUGGCAGUUGAAGAUCAAGCCGAAGAAUAUCCACCUACUUACUGUGUAUACUUUGACAAUAUCAUUAGUAAAGCAGUUUUGGGUAAAGAUGAAGAUUUCAAACAAUUCAUUGGUCACAAGACCCGCGAAGAACAACAAAUGUUGGGUGAUCCUGAGUUGAAAAAAUGCAAAAAGGGUGAUAUCAUCCAAUUGCAACGUCGUGGUUUCUUCAAAGUUGACAAUGCCUAUGCUCCACCAAGUGCUUAUUCGAAUGUUGCUUCACCAGUUAUUCUAUUCUCUAUACCUGAUGGUCAUACUAAAGAUAUGCCUUCAUCCGGUUUGAAAAUCAAUACUGCCACCAAUCUGGAUGCGAAUAAAGCGCCAACAUCGAACGGUGUACCUGCAAAUGCUGCUGCAGAUUUAGAUCAAAAGAUAUCCAAACAGGGUGAUAUUGUACGUGAUCUUAAGACUAAAAAAGCUGAUAAAGCUCAAGUUGAUGCUGAAGUUAAAAAGCUAUUGGCUUUGAAGGCUGACUACAAGGCUGCCUGUGGUAAAGAUUGGAAACCAGGACAAACUCCAGCUGCUGCUGCUGCUCCCGCUACAACUAAAGCUCCUGCAUCGCCAGCUAAUGAUGCCAGUUCUGUUAACGCUAGCAUUAUAAAGCAAGGUGACAUAAUCAGAGACCUUAAGGCUAAAAAGGCUGCCAAAACAGAAAUCGAACCACAAGUUAAAGUUCUCUUGGAAUUGAAGGCACAAUUUAAGACAUUAACAGGUCAGGAUUGGAAACCUGAUGUACAAGUACCAAAAGCUAAGUCUUCCUCCCCUGCUCCAGCUGUCGCCAGUGCCAACUCAGCAGUAGAAGUUGUUUUAAACAAAAUUGCAGAACAAGGUGAUAAAGUGCGACAAUUGAAAACGGCCAAAGCUGACAAAGCAGCCGUAGAUGCUGAAGUGAAAUCAUUGUUAAGUUUAAAGGCUGAAUAUAAACAAUUGACCGGUAGUGAUUGGAAGCCUGGUGCAGUAGCUCCCGUUGUAGUGAAACAAGAAAAGUGUCCAGAUUUACCUUCUGUCUGUGCCGUCACAGAAUUAUUGAGCAAAAUUUCGGCCCAAGGUGAUAAAAUUAGACAAUUGAAGUCCAAUAAAGCCGACAAAGCCACCAUUGAACCCGAGGUAAAACUAUUAUUGGCUCUGAAAACCGACUACAAGAGUCUUACCGGUCAAGAGUGGAAACCCGGCUGUGUAGCUCCCGCAAAUACGGUAAAAACUGAAACUAUUGAUUUGACUGUCGCUGAUUCUGAUUCCGACGUAGAAGCAGUUUUAGAAAAAAUUAAAGAGCAAGGUGAUAAAAUACGCAAAUUGAAAUCGGAAAAAGCCCCCAAAACCUCCAUCGAACCCGAAGUACAGUCAUUGUUAAAGCUUAAGGCAGAGUAUAAGACCUUAACUGGUAAAGAUUGGACUCCAGAUACUAAAGUUGAUUCGAAACCAGCUGUCGUUAAACAAGAAGUAAAAAUGGCAUCUGCUCCAACUUCCGAAAAAGAUUUGCUAACCAAGGAAAUCAAUGAGCAGGGUGAGAAGGUACGCACUGCCAAGGGCAACAAGGCACCUAAAGAGGAAAUUGAUAUGGAAGUAGCUAAAUUGUUGGCCUUAAAAGCCAAAUACAAGGAAGUUACAGGCACCGAUUUCCCAGUAGCCGGUCGCAGUGGUGGCAGUUCUAAAAAAUCGGAAAAGAAAGAGGCUGCCAAACCCGCUAAACCAGUGAAAAAACCAGAACCAGAGGCUGCUACCGGUGCAGUGAAAAAACAAACCCGUUUAGGCUUGGAAGCCACCAAGGAAGACAAUCUACCCGAAUGGUAUUCCCAAGUGAUAACUAAAGGCGAGCUCAUAGAGUACUAUGAUGUAUCGGGCUGUUAUAUCUUGCGUCACUGGUCGUUUGCCAUUUGGAAAUUCAUUAAGAACUGGUUUGAUGCUGAAAUCACAAAAAUGGGUGUUAAGGAGUGCUAUUUCCCCAUCUUUGUAUCGAAGGCCGCCUUGGAGAAAGAAAAGGAUCAUAUUGCCGACUUUGCCCCCGAAGUAGCCUGGGUGACUAAGUCUGGAGAGUCCGAUUUGGCUGAACCCAUAGCAGUGCGACCUACCUCUGAGACCGUUAUGUACCCUGCCUAUGCCAAGUGGAUUCAAUCGUACCGUGACUUACCCAUCCGCCUGAACCAAUGGAAUAAUGUAGUACGUUGGGAAUUUAAGCAUCCCCAACCCUUCCUACGCACCAGAGAAUUUUUGUGGCAAGAGGGUCAUACGGCCUUUGCCGGCAAAGAGGAAGCCGACAAGGAAGUAUUAGACAUUUUGGAAUUGUAUGCUCAAGUUUACACCGACUUGCUGGCCAUACCUGUGGUUAAGGGUCGUAAGACUGAAAAGGAGAAAUUCGCUGGUGGUGAUUAUACAACCACUGUUGAAGCCUUUAUUUCAGCUUCCGGACGCGCCAUUCAAGGUGCCACUAGCCAUCAUUUAGGUCAAAACUUCUCAAAAAUGUUUGAAAUCGUCUAUGAAGAUCCCGAAACCCAACAGAAGCAAUAUGUCUACCAAAACUCCUGGGGUAUUACCACCCGUACUAUUGGCGUCAUGAUUAUGGUACAUUCUGAUAAUCAGGGCAUUGUUCUGCCACCCCAUGUAGCUUGUGUACAAGCCAUUGUUGUACCUUGUGGUAUUACCGUCAACACCAAGGAUACUGAAAGAGCUGAACUUUUGGACGCCUGUCGUGAAUUGGAGAAGCAAUUGUGCGGCAAAGGCAUUCGCUGUGAGGGAGAUUAUCGUGACAACUACUCUCCCGGCUGGAAAUUCAAUCAUUGGGAAUUGAAGGGUGUGCCAUUGCGUAUCGAAUUGGGACCCAAGGACAUGAAGGCCAAACAAAUUGUUGCCGUGCGCAGAGAUACCGGCGAAAAACUUAUUUUGGCCAUGGAAAAUGUUGAAUCGAAGAUUUCUCAGCUAUUGGAAACAAUCCAUGACAGUAUGUUGGCCAAGGCUAAGGUUGAUUUGGAAAGUCAUACAAAGAUUACCAAGAACUGGGCUGAUUUCUGUAAAUUCUUGGAUCAAAAGAAUAUUCUGCUGUCGCCCUUCUGUGGUGAAAUUGCUUGUGAGGAUAAAAUUAAAGCUGAUAGUGCUCGUGACGAAGAUGCUGAGCCUGGUGCACCAGCUAUGGGUGCCAAGUCUUUAUGCAUACCUUUCGACCAGCCUGCUCCUAUCACUGCUGCUGACAAAUGUAUUCAUCCAGGUUGCACGAACAAACCUAAAUAUUUCACCUUGUUUGGACGCAGUUAUUAAACUUAAAACGACGUUUCGAAGUUGACGAAUUUUACCCCAUACGAGAUUUAUCUACAAUUUAAAUUAAAAUAUGUUUUGUUUUUUUUUGCUAUGUUCACAUUAACUUAUAAUUGAUAAUGUUUUUUAUUUAAAAAAUAUAUGAAAAUAAUUAAUAUUUAGUAUCUCAUAAAAAAGUGAAAAUUACAAAA